AUGGCUUCCAGUGGGGUUGGCGUGAAAGUUGCGGGCUCGGCCAAUGAAACUCCCGAAAUCCCAGACAACGUGGGAGAUUGGCUUCGGGGCGUCUACCGCUUCGCAACUGAUAGGAAUGAUUUCCGGAGGAACUUGAUCCUCAAUUUGGGACUUUUUGCUGCAGGAGUUUGGCUGGCCAGGAACUUGAGUGAUAUUGACCUAAUGGCACCUCAGCCGGGGGUGUAG